UGAGACGACGGAGUUUUCUCUGGAGACUUUUAUUGUGUAUUCGGUUCCGCGUUGUGGCGGACUUCACACUGUCACUUCUCUGAGUCGGAGCAUCUCGCCGCUGGUCAGUGCAACGAUUAAGUUGAUUUACACUUGUCCCAAAACUGAUGAUCUGCAGUUAAUCUCAAAAACAGCAAAGGGACCUGUGCACGCAUUCGUCGCAUGCUGUGAAGCACCUCUGUGAAGUAAGAUAAAAAUGUCAAAUCCACACAGUCACCAUAUGCACCCAACCAUGCAGUCAGAUGUCUCAGACCAUCAUGGCGACCAUGUGAUGUCCCCCGACAAAGGCCACGGAGAUCACAUGAUGAUGAUGCAAAUGACCUUCUACUUCGGCUACAAAAAUGUGGAGCUGCUAUUCGCUGGGCUGGUCAUCAACACACCAGGAGGAAUGGUUGGCGCGUGCAUUGGUGUGUUCUUGCUGGCUGUGUUCUACGAGGGUCUGAAGAUCGCCCGUGAGUUCCUAUUGAGAAGGAAUCAGGUGAACGUGCGUUACAACUCCAUGCCUGUCCCAGGAGCUGAUGGCACCGUGCUCAUGGAGACACAUAAAACAGUCGGCCAGCGAAUGCUGAGUCUCGCGCACUUCUUCCAGACGUUUCUUCACAUCAUCCAAGUGGUGGUCAGUUACUUCCUCAUGCUGGUGUUCAUGACAUACAACGGGUACCUGUGCAUCGCUGUGGCGGCAGGCGCUGGCUUCGGCUACUUCUUCAGCUGGAAGAAGGCAGUGGUGGUGGAUAUUACAGAACACUGUCAUUAACCUCUCCUGUGUAUAACCUCAGAAACACCCACUUCACAAUCUCAACAUGCACCGCAACUCUAUAAGUGUAGUGCACUAUAUGAUUUCUUUAAUCUCGGUAAAUAUCAGCCAAGUGGCUCUAUUCAUUUUAAAGCUCUAAAGCUCUCAUU